AUGGAUCGGAGGAUCACCUCAUCUGAUGAUGCAGCUCAACAAGAUCUAGUAUCUGAAAUUCACGGUGAGAUCAAAAUCCUUAACUCUGCUUUUUCAUUGAACGAAGCAGAUCAAAAUUUUAGCUGUCAUGUUUCUCAUACUCCACCUGUAAGAGUAAGAACUGGUGGUUUUCAAGAUCCAGGUCCUAGUAAUCAAGGAGAAAGUAGUGAGAACAAUACAGUAACAGAAAUUUAUGAUAAUCUUUGUAAAGUUUUUGAUGGGUCCAUAUCAUAUACUGUUCAGACAACAAUAGGGUCCUCACCGGACCCCACAUCAUCUACUGGAUCUUUUGUAUAUGAUGUGGAAACGGAAACACCUGCCACAUUCUUUCAAGAUCGUCAUGGCUUUGGCUUUGACAACAGUGGAGAUUUAUCUGAUAUUCUAGAAGUUGAUGAUGCUGAUGUUGAUGAUAGAGUAAUGUCAUCCCAGUAUAAAUUAAGCAAUACUUACUGCUAUAAGUGUAACUGGGCUGAUUUUUCAACUCACUACUACUGCAUUCAUAUUUCAAUUUUAGGAGCUGGCCUUUAUUGA